AUGGCAGCUCAGCAGCUGGACGAAGCUAUCCGCCGUGGCGAGUUUGACAAUUUGCCUGGCGCAGGCAAGCCCCUCAAGACGCGCGUGGAUCAUGCUCCAGGGAUGGACAGCUACGACUAUCACCUCAACAAAGUUCUUAUCAAUGCCGACUACACGCCUGAUUGGAUAGCCGCUCAGCGCACUAUCCGGGGUAUGAAGCAGCGCUUUCGUGACCAGCUUGAGACUGUCUUGGCACCGCAAUUGGCGGCCUUGAGUGCCAAGACGGACGACUGGACUUGCCUACGUGUUGAGCCCGAUUUAGAAGCUCGUGCUCGCGAGCGAAUCCUGGCCAUUAAUCGUGAGAUUGAGAGGUGGGUUCAAACGCAACCGUAUCCGUGA